AUGGCUUGGCGCAGUGCAGGAUCUGCUGCUCGCUCUUUCGUUUCAGCUACCGCUAGAGCUCCGUCUCUCCGAUCUCCGGCGGCAACGCUUCCGCGCCUCCGACCUUCCCAAUCCUCUCUGCCCCGCCACCGAUUUGCCUCUUUCACAAAUCUCAGGAAUUUGGGAGAGAUUGGAUGCACAGCGUCUUUCUUGCCUCUGCACAGUGUCGUGGCUUCAGUUCGACUCACAUCUCACCUAAAUGUUAACGUGCGAGCUUUCUGCGAACUCCCUAACGGUACCUUCCCACGCACUUGUCCAGAUCGCUAA